AUGGUAGAUAGAAAAGCUCCAGCAAAGACACAAGUAGCUGCAGGAAAGCAGAAAGAAGAAGCGCAUAAAAAGCAGCACCACGAGGAGGAACAUAAAAUAGACACUAAUCUUUACUCAAGACAGAUAGGCACUUAUGGCAUGGAGACGAUGACGAAACUUAUUAAAAUGAAUGUGCUUAUCGUUGGCAUGCGAGGACUAGGAGCUGAAACUGCAAAGAACUUGAUCUUGGCUGGCCCACAUUCAGUCACUCUCUACGAUCCACACCCAAUUCAAUGGGGAGAUCUAUCAGCAAACUUCUAUUUGAAGGAAAAGGAUGUGAUGACUCUCACUACAAGAGCGUAAGCUUCACACGCCUAACUGCAAGAAUUAAAUCCUUAUGUGAAAGUAAAGGUCAUUGACUAACUGAAGCUAGAGGAUCACAGAGACUAUCAUGUAGUAGUCUACACUGAGUUAUUCCAAGACCUAGAUCAUGUGAUUGAGGUUGACGAACUCUGCAGAAAGCAUGGAAUUGGCUUUAUACUUGGCACUAACUUCGGCCCAUCAGGAUUCAUCUUUUUAGACUAUGGAGAUGAAUUUGUAGUAACUGACCCAGAUGGUGAAGAAACUAAGUCUUUCAUAGUGGUUAGUGCAACUCAGUCAAAUCCUUGCAUUGUAACUGUCCAUGAAGACAAAAGGCAUAUUUUCUAAAGUGGAGAUCAUGUUCAAUUCAGAGAAGUUUAGGGCAUGACUCAGCUAAAUUCACUGCCUCCUACUGAGAUAGAAGUCAUUGAUGGCUAUAGCUUCAGACUUAAGGUAGAUGCUUCCAAGUUCGGAGCAUAUACAAGAGAGGGUUAAGUUCAAAAUAUAAAGAUGCCUUAAAAGAUAUCGUUUAUGAAUUUUAAAGAUGCUUUACUGAAUCCUAGUGCAUCUCAAAGGUAUGGAUGUCUGGACACCCCUGAUUUCAGACUUAUUGGAAGAUCUGAAGCAUUGCAUUUCAGCUAUCUGGCAUAUUUUGAGUAUUAUAGAUAAAACAAGAGAUAUCCCAACCUUUCAAUUUCAGAAUAUGAGGCAAUUUAAGAAUACUAUAAUUAUACAACCAAUUUGAAUUAGGAAUACAAAAACUCAGCCAAACCCUCAGACCCUACCGAUAGUUUCUAAAUUUGGAAUAAUGUUGCUAGAUUCGCACAAACUUGCAUUUCCCCAAUGGCAGCAUUCUUCGGAGGAAUAAUAGCUCAAGAGGUCGUUAAAUUUACUGGCAAGUACUCGCCUUUAAAACAAUGGCUGCACUACGAUAUCUUUGAAACACUACCAAGUGACGACAAUUCUAUUAAUAGGGAACCGCUUCAAUGCAGAUACGAUGACUAGAUAAGGGUUUAUGGAAGAGAUGUUCAACAAUAAUUGAAUGAUUUACACACCUUUAUGGUAGGUGCUGGAGCGCUUGGCUGUGAACUUAUAAAGGCUUUUGCACUCAUGGGAGUAGGAUGUUCAGAAGAGGGAAGAGUAUCGGUUACAGAUAAUGAUAACAUAGAGGUAUCUAACUUAAACAGACAGUUCUUGUUUAGAAAGAGCAACGUUGGAUAAUCCAAGUCAAAGGUUGCCUGUGAGAUUGCAAGAAACAUCAAUCCAGCUCUAAAUGUAAUGGACUACCAAACAAGAGUAGGCACAGACACAGAGUAAGUAUUCAAUGACUUGUUCUGGAACAAGUAGGACUUUGUUGUGAAUGCAGUUGACAACAUCAAUGCCAGAUUAUAUGUUGAUGGCAGAUGUGUUUGGUAUAAUAAACCUUUACUUGAAAGCGGCACUCUUGGAACUAAAGCUAAUAUGCAAAUGAUACUUCCUCACUAGACUCAAUGCUAUGGAGAUUCUCAAGAUCCUCCUGAAGAAGGAAUCCCAAUGUGCACUCUUAGAAAUUUCCCCAACUAGAUUGAGCAUUGCAUCGAAUGGGGCAGAGACUUAUUCAGUAGAAUCUUCCACGACCAGCCAAACGAAGCAGUCAACUACCUAACAAAGCCAAAUGAUUACGUUAAUGAUCUUAAGAAAGCUACAACUUUGGAUGGAGUGAAGACCACUCUUGAAGAAAUAAGAAAGCUUUUGAAUCUGAAAAAGACUGCUGACUUCCUGAAAUGCAUUGAGCUAGCUCGUCACUACUUUGAUGAGCACUUCGACCUCAACAUUCAAAGUUUGGUUCAUACUUUCCCAGAGAAUCACAAGGAUAAGGAUGGUCAGCCAUUCUGGUCUGGGCCAAAGAGAUUCCCACAUGCUCAGCCAUUUAAUCAUAGUGAUCAAUUGCAUGUUCAAUUCAUAAUUGCUUGUGCUAACUUGAUCGCUUACAACCUAGGACUUCCUCAAAACAAGAAUCAUAAUGAAGUAGCUCAAAAAGCUGGUAAGUUUAAGACUCCAGCCUACAAGCCAAAGACAGUUCAUAUUGAGUUGGAAGAGAGUAAAUAAGCACAACCAGCUCCUUAGCAAAUAUAAUAGCAAAAGCCUGCAGCCGGGUAAAAAGCAGGCGCGAAGGCACCCCCUGAACUAUCUUAAGAUGAGAAAUAGAUCAUGGAACUUUUAAAGCAUAUUAAGACUGAGACUGGCAAGUUAGUACCAAAGGAUUUCAUUCCUGCUGAGUUUGAAAAGGACGAUGACACCAACUAUCAUAUUGAGUUUAUUCAUGCCGCUUCAAACCUUAGAGCAAGAAACUAUAAAAUCAUAGAGUGUGAUCAUUAAAAGACAAAGAUGAUUGCUGGAAAGAUUAUUCCAGCAAUUGCUACUACUACAGCAAUGAUUACUGGUUGCGUUACAGCCUAAAUAUACAACUUAGUCUAAGGGCACUUGGGGAAUGGCGUUCUUACCAAGUAUAAAGACGCCUUCAUAAAUCUCGCUCUGCCUACAUUCAUUUUCUCGGAGCCAAAUGAAGUUAAGAAAAUUAAGUCAACUGAGUAUGAUCCAAUAAUGAUGAGCAAGAUUACUGCUAUACCAGAAGAUCAUACAAUUUAUGAUAAGAUCAUAGUGAUGGGACCUCUAACCGUUGAGUAGCUGCUGGCGCAAAUGAAAGCCAGGUUUAACAUUGAGAUUUGCAUGAUUGGUUCGGGCAAGCAACUUUUGUACAAUCAAUAUGCUCCAAAGAAUGCUCAUGCUCCUAGAUUAGGUAGACUUGUCGAGGAAAUAUACAAAGAAAGUGCUAGUGAACCCUUGCCUGAUGGAAGAAAUUAUCUAUGUCUAGAAGUAAGUGGAACAGUCAUUGGCGAUGGAAGCGAUUUCUCAGUCCCCUCGGUAAAAUAUAAAUUCAAAUAUUGA